AAAUAACGCAACUAGUAUGAGCAGGUACGUGUGAGAGGCGGGUCGUUUCAAAAUGACACGGGAAUAAAGGGAGGUCUCCCUAGCCAGAGACCCGGGUUAAACUUCACCAUCCUGCACAUUUUGCUGAAGGGUGUUUUCUCGGGUGGGAGUGUGUUGGAGUUGCCAUGGUGAUCUGCCCGGUGGUUUUGAUUUACACGCAGAGCACAAACUGGGCUAUAAAGCCCCUCGUCAAAGUUAACAGCAAAACGCCGGGUAUUGUAAAGGCAUUGUAAAGGGCAGGCCAGCGUGCAUGAGGGGCAUAACAAUUCAUUUACAGGUAGAAUAAACAGGGGAUACAGAAAUGUAAUCACUUGGACGCCCAAUUACUUUUACAUGAUGUACUUCAGUGAAUUUUUUUUUUUAAAAGUCUGAGCUCAGCCAGGCAGUAGUUUCUCUGCUGAGUUAGUUAGGGCCUUUUGCAUCAUCAAUGUGAGAGAGAGAACGAAAAAAUAAUUAUUAGAAACCACAUAGCGUGGGUGAGAGUCCGUACAAGCUGUGCUGAUUGCAUCGUUUGAACAUCAGACUCCUGGCUGACGAUCUGUUCUGUAAAACUGAAACCCAGGACUGGGCGUGAAUUUCAAUCCAUGCAUUAUACUUGUCUUAUUUACAAAUGCAAUAAUACACAUCUUCACCUCUUUCCAGCCGCUGGGGGGAUAAACGAAAACAGAAUGCUCCCGGAGGGGUUUUCUGCGGGGAAAGUGUUGAAGCUGUUGGGGAUUGGCGUGCUGGCUGCCACCCUGAGCCUGGAAGGAAUCUCCUGGCUGCUUCGCUGCCUGCGAGACGGCAGAGUCAAGCCUGUGAAGGAAGUCCUCUUCUUCCCCGCCGCGGUUACCUGCAUCAACCACGUCUUCCAGCCCGGGCCCUGCUCCUGCCCGCUGCCCCACGGAGACGCCACCCCUUUCACCCGGCUCCUGGGGCACCUGCUCUCCGCUCGCUCCUCCCUGGACCUCUGCAUCUUCGCCUUCUCCAGCCAGGAGCUGUGCAGGGUGGUGCUGGAGCUGCACUGCCAGCGCGGGGUCUCUGUGCGCGUCGUCACCGACAAGGACUACAUGAUGAUCAGUGGCUCCCAGAUCGGAGCGCUCCGCAAGGCAGGGGUCUCGGUGAGGCACGAGCUGGGCGGGUUCCACAUGCACCACAAGUUCGCCGUGGUGGAUAGGAAGCUCCUGGUGACGGGCUCUCUGAACUGGACGCACCAGGCCGUGCAGGGAAACAAGGAGAACGUCCUGGUCACCGAGGACAGCGGCUUCGUGAAGCCAUUCCUGCAGGAGUUCGAGAAGCUCUGGGAGGCCAACGACCCAGCCAGGUCACCCACGGAGCCCGGCUUCGUAAUGCUGUAGCGAGGAGCUGUAGUUAUGAGAUGGGGCUGUGUGUGUAACGAGGAAGGAAUGGCAGUCUGUUAAACUACUGAGGUGCUGUAUUAAUCAUAAACACUGGGCAUGCAUUCACACAGACACACACACACUGAUACACACACUGAUACACACAGACACACAGACACACACACUGAUACACACAGACACACGCACGCAGACACACACUGACACACACAGACACACGCACGCACGCACACACACACGGUAAGGUGUUAGAUGUGCAAUGUUAUAAUACUAUAAGAAAAGUAUACAAAUUUUAUGACAAACAUUUCGACUAGAUUUCAUAAAACACCCAAGCCAAUCCCAAACCCUUCUCCACCGCGCCCUGGCGCUUGAUAACUUGCACAGAGCUCUGAAGCAGGGAGCUCCUGGAGCAGACGCAGGCACUUCUGGUUCUCCUUCCGCCCCGAGCUCUCAAUUACUCCACUGGUCUAAAGUGUUUGAUUCAUCGACCAAAUUGAACACUUCUCUCCAGGGCUCAACGUGUUUCAUAGGCCGUGAGUCAAGCGCGUUUUUAAAUUCUCAACCGUGAAAGACCUUGACAGAUAUUAAAGACGGCCAAUCGAGCAACUAGUGAGCUCAAUUAUGUUGAGAGGUGAAAUGAAAACCCCAAGGCCCCCCAGGACUGCAGCUUGCCCCCCCUCCGCUCCUGGGGCUUUGGUCUGUCUGGGUAUUUUCCAUGGAAGACCAGGGCUGCAGAACAGCCACUUUGAACCCUGCCUGCACACAGCAAGGGGGGUCUGAUCUCUGUGCUGCCGUCCUAAAAGGUAGAAACACGCUCCCCGUUCCAGCAGCGUGAACAAGCCCGUGAAUAAAAAAAAAGCCAUCCUGUUGAUCCAUCCUGUCGGGACAUUGCAAACCCUGUUUCAUGCACCUCCUCACUACAGAAAUAAGAACAUGGCUUAAAGAGUGGCGGUAUUAAGAUCUGCCACCGUUUAGAUUAUUAAAAUGAGAGCCCGUGUGUUCAGCCACACUGUGUGUGUGUGUGCUGUGAUUGUCUAGACCCAAAACGAAAAAAAGAAUUCAUAAAAAUAACACACGUUCUAUAAUGUUUUUUUUUCUGCUGCUGAUUUGUUUUUUCAAUCCCUUUGUACGUGCCCUUGUUUAAUUCCUCCUCACAGAAAGUAAAAUAACAACUUAAAAUAAAAAAAACAGGUUUUGCAGACAGCAGCCUGAGGGGGACAAAUUUAUAGCAGAAGGUUCAGGUCAGUUCUGUUUGCUUUCGUUCUGUCUCGUUAUUUCAACAAACUUUUUUGUUUUAGUUUUGGAAUGUAAGGAAUAUGGGAGGUGAUUUAGGAAGUUAUUUUCUUUAUUAAAAAGAACCUUUUAAUCCCUCGGUUUGCGUCUGAUUUUGUCUUUUUUUUUACAGAUUCAAAGUGCAGUUUCAGUAGAGUCCGAUCGAAACCCGCUCGUUCAAACUGGGCCCGGUAAUCGAUCGUAAUGAGAUGCUGGCUGGGCUGGUCGCGGCCGCUGAAACCAAACCUCACAAUCUGAGGUCGCUCUCUUGUUUUUAUCGAAAGGGUCCUCGUUGGUUCGGUUUUAAACAGAACCAGGCCAGGCAAGCACUUUUUCUGUUAAGGUCCAGAUCGCGAUCAGUAAUCCGAACGAAUCGCUCGUCUCAACAGAGCCCCAGCUUGGUAAGAGAGCCGAGAAAGUCUGCCAUUCAGCACAGCCUGCAGCUCCACCAGCUGUCUCUGAGGAAUGCACUCAAACCAGACAGGCUGCUGCAGGAUCACCAUGGAACCGUUGUGCAACAAACCACAGGCUUCACCCCUACUGUCUCUUGGCUGCAUUCCUUGGAAGUUGUGGAUUUUAAAACGCUGGUUAAUUUCGUCUCAUUGAAAUCCUAUCAGUGGCAACACAGGGCAGGUUUACCCAGGAGCUGUAUUCCUACAGGUGUAUUGUUGUAUUGAAAAUCAGUGCCGUGCAUUCUGACAGUCAGACUCCUGCAGAGUCAAACCCAGUGCAGUGCCCUGUUCUGUUCAGCCCACUCCAGGAGAGACGGGACUGCACGGAGAGCUGGGCUGAUCCCAGGACUCCACGGUACGGGCUGAGAGCACAGGGUAACAGGAACUCUGCAGCCCAGAAAAGAGAAGGGAAAGAGAGGCCACUGGAGUAGAGCUGCACAGCAGAGAAUCACAAAAUCUGCAAGGUCGCUGGUACAGUGUAAAGUACUCUCCAAACCCUUCCCUUUAUAAUUAAACAGAGCUGUCAGACUCCAGCCCUCGAGGGCCGCGGGGGUCUUCUGACUUUGAUUCCAACUUAAUUAACGUAAUUGAGCUAAUUAUUUGUUCGACUGGACAUGUUUUAAUAUUUGUCAGGAUUUUUUUAGAGUUUAACUGGAGUUUCUCUCUGCAGUGAAACAUGUUCCUAUAAUAAUCUUCAUGCAUGCAUCAGCUACAGAAAGGGCCCUCCUCCUCCCUCCCUCCCUCCCUCCCUUUUGAACCCAGGUACGCCUCUUUGUCUGUAUAUAAUUAUUCUUCGAUGUUGAAAGAGCGUUCUUCUUUUUCACGAUGCAAGCGGCGUUAACUCAUCUCAUGAAGCCUUCAAACAAACGCUGUGACUAAGCCUGUUUAAAGCGCUUUAUGAAGUGUAUCUGGCGAGAGCGGGGGCGGUGUAUUGCCUAGUAUUAUUUAGCAAAAGCCCUUAGCAGGUGUCCGUGUCGUAACUCACAGUCGUGGCACCCAAAAUCGGGUUGAAUGCGCCAGAGGAUUGAUUGUUAAGGCCUGAUCACAGCAA